AUGGAUCCCAUCUCACUCAUCGACAACCUGGGUUGGCUCCCAAUGGGUGACUCACCUCCUCGCAGCUACUGCCCAGCUGACGUUUGUGCCUUCUAUUCCAAUCCUCAUACGGAUGGGCUCGCAACGGGCAAAUUUACUACUCUAGUAUAUGGUCAUCUGCUUACUCUUUUUGCUGAUGAUCUUGUUGCAUUCCUUAUUCUGCCUACUCUAGGAAAGCAACUCAUUAUCCCUUUGGAGUUCUGGUCCUACAAGUUUGACUUGCGCCAGGAAGCCACAAAUCACUCCUUUGAUUCGUUGGAUGACUCCCUGAAGCUUCUACACUACUACAUCACGUGA